GAAAUGCGCGUUCAAGUUCAAGGAGAAGAAAUAACACCAGAGGAGUACCACAACGAGGCCGGAUGGACGCUCGCGGGGGAGCGUAUGUCGAGGCUGCGCCGGCGGGCCCCCGCCAGUGGCAUGCCCGACGGAUCCGGCGGGAGUCAAGCAAGCCCGAAAUCGAAAUUCAACAAAAACGUGAGAGCCUCGGUCAUCAAGGCCGCACGCAUGCCAGCCAUGCCGCUGGAAGAGAGCAAGAUAGUCGUCAGACCCAGAGGGGGACUGGACAUCGUCAAGACCGGCACCACCACCGUCGCCACGGCCAUACUCGCCGCGGCCAAGAUCACGAGCGAGGAAAGCGCGGCGGACACCAUCUGCCCCAACACGCAACAGAAUAUUAUGGUCGUCAGUACACCGAACGAAAACAACGCAGCAAGGUACGCUACAAUCCAUGAAAUCUCUAUUCAAGGCAAACUCUACGAAGUCAGCGCAUAUCGCACGGCACCUCACGACACCGUAAAAGGCGUCAUCAAAGGCAUCCCCACCGACGCGAACGCCGAAGAGCUCGAUAGAAAUAUUGUCAACGAGAGGAACCCACUAGCAGUGGGCGCAAAGAGGAUCGGCAGCACGACCUCCGCGAUCGUGGUGUUCCAGGGACCCAAGGUACCGAACUUCGUCCGAUACGGAGUCACCCUGAUACCUUGCCACCUCUACAGGAAACAGAUCGACGUUUGCCACCAGUGCGGCCGAGUGGGACACCGUAAGGACGUGUGCCCGACACCCACAAUCAAGACGUGCCUGGCCUGCGGGCUCGCGAACCCCAAGGAAGACCAUAGCUGUACCCCAAAAUGUAAGCUGUGCGGGGGCGAACACUCGACCGGAGACCGAACGUGCAAGGCAAAAUACAAGAUGCCUUACGUUGUGCGCAAGCGACAAUGGGUACGGCGACAGGCCGAACUCCAGCUGCUGCCGGAAAGCGAUUUCCCGCCACUCGACAAGCCGUCAGCUGUGCAAAAGUCAAGGACUCCAUCGAAGAAUCGCGCGCCAAAAUCCAGAGACAGCAGCAAGAAAAGGUCACCAUCACAUGAACGAGUAGGCUGGGUCGACGCAGCGAAAGGGAACAAUACAAGGAGCGCGCAGAAAAUCACGGAAGCCGCGAAGAAAGACGAUAUGAACAAGGUGCGAGAAGCCAACGAGACCUUAAGGCAAGAAAACGCGGCGCUGCGAACAACUAUUAACAACCUCUCGAGAGAGAUUGCUGAGAUCCGUAAGCUGCUGCUAUGCAACAACGAGUCUCCACAGAGACCCACGCCAAGCUCAAGAGAGACAGAGGAAACAAGCACGAAGAACCAGGAGGCAGCCGUAGAGGAACCGGCACAGAAGAAGCGAGCCAUCGAGGCCCCGCGCAAGCAAAAAGAAAACGACCGCAACGAGAACCUCGAAGCCAAAUUCGAAGCGAGAUUCACCAAACUCGAAGAGCUACUCACGGCGAACAUCGCAGCAGUGACAGCAAUGAAACAAACAGUGGAUAACUACCAAGCUGAGAACAUAAACAGAUUCGCCUACAUCGAAAGGACCCUACAGCCGAUCGUGAGCCACCCGACGAACCGCAUACGCGCCAACGCAAUUAUGGCCGCCAACGCAGCAGCAGCAACAGGCGUAACUGUGUGGCAGUGGAACUGUCGCGGCUUCGGAAGGAAGAAGGCAGUCAUCCAGCAGCACAUUGCACGCGCCGCGCGCAAGCCGGACGUGAUACUACUACAAGAGACACUCACCGACGCACCGUCACUCCCCGGCUACAGAGUGCACAAGGGCCCACCCGACGGCAGAGGCCUGUGCACCCUGGUCAGGAAGGGACUCACGUUCGUCGAACACGAGCUCCACAACACUAUCAAGAUCGAGCACACACUCACCGAAAUCAUCCCGGGCAAGAAGAGAAAAGGAAGCAUAUUUCUGCUGAACGUCUACAGCAACCCAUCGAAGAGAAAAGAGAGAUUCAAGACACUACUGCACAGAGCCAGCACCGCGGCGGGCCGCAACACGCUGAUCGCGUGCGGUGACUUCAACGCGAUGAACCCAGCCUGGGGCUACAACAAGUACACAGCAAAGGGCCGCGACCUGUACCAAGACGCCACGGAACUCGAGUUCACCCUCAUCACGGACCCGACGCAUCCGACGAGAAUCGGUAACUCCGUGUCCCGCGACACCACUCCGGACCUCACGUUCGUCAAGAACGACGUCCGGGGCGCGAUCACCUGGAGAAACACGGGGGCCGACCUCGGCAGUGACCACACCAUCGUGGAAAUCGGCAUACCAGAACACAACGACACCAGCAACAGAACACACAGAUGGAUAGACUGGGAUGCCUUCCGACACACCAGAAACCAGAGGGAAGACGGUGACGACGAGAUCGAAGACAUAGACUCGUGGACGGCCGAAAUCACCAAGAACGUACGCGACGCGACGAAAGAAAUUAAAACGGACGCGGAGAUAGACAAAGUAGACAGCCGGCUAGCGCAUCUCAUCGAGGCCAAACAGUCGAUACUCAAUCGAUGGAAGAAACAACGGCUCAACCGCAGACUCAGAAAGCAGGUGGCGGAGCUCAACCGAGCAAUCGAAGAUCACUGCCGCGUGCUAUGCGCGCAACAGUGGAACGAGAUCUGCAACGCAGCAGACGGGCAGAUGCACAGCGGGAAGACGUGGAACCUGCUGCGGCAUCUGCUCGACGAAACCAAGACCAAGUCACACCAAAGGGACAGACUCGCCAAGCUCAUACAUCGGGCGGUCUCGGUACACGGCGCCGAUGAAGUCACCAGGCGUAUCAACGACAAAUAUCUGCCAACUACACCCACCGAACAACACGCGCCGUACGGCGGCCAACCCAACGCGAACCUCGAUCGCGAUAUUGACGUCGAGGAAGUCCGCGCGGCCCUGCACGGCCUCAACAGCCGGUCGGCGGCCGGCCCGGACCUCGUCACGAACAAGGCGCUGAAGAACCUCGACGACGGCUCCAUUGAGAACCUAGCAAAGUACUUCAACAAGUGCUGGAAAGCGGGCGAGCUGCCGAAGCAGUGGAAGACAGCCAAGACCAUUCUGAUUCCCAAGCCGGGGAAGCCACCGGACACGGACAACCUCCGGCCCAUCUCGCUCACGUCCUGCGUGGGCAAGGUGCUGGAGCACGUCCUGCUCAACAGGUGGCAAGAUUACCUGGAACGAGAAGGGCUGUACCCGGCCACGGUAAUCGGCUUCAGACAGCACCUGAGCACGCAGGACGCGAUGCUGCAGCUCAAAUACCAAAUCAUCGACGGCGAUGGCAGCGCACGCGACAACAAGGCAAUCCUGGGGCUCGACCUGCAGAGCGCCUUCGACAAGGUGAAACACUCGGCGAUCCUGUCCCAAGUCUCAAAUCUCAACAUGGGUGAGAGAUCCUACAACUACAUUAAGGACUUCCUCACGGACAGGACCGCCGAGCUGCGAGCAGGCGACCUACAGACGCAAGAGAAGAAGCUCGGGAGCACUGGCACACCGCAGGGGUCGGUCAUCUCGCCGAUGCUGUUCAACCUGGUAAUGAUCGGAGUGGCAGAGAAGCUCGCGGAUGUCGAACACGUCAGGCACACCAUAUACGCGGACGAUAUCACGCUGUGGGUGACCGGUGGCAGCGACGCCCACAUUGAGUGCGCGCUGCAAACCGCCGUCGACGCGAUAGAAGACCGGUUGGAGGGCACCGGACUGAUAUGUUCGCCGAGCAAAUCGGAGCUCCUAAUACUCCCACCUACCAACAACGUCAGAGGCAAGACCAAAAAACGCGAAUACGAAAAGAUCCGAAUCAUAACCAAAUCCGGCAACGUUAUCCCCGAGGUCGGUAAAAUCAGGAUCCUAGGCAUGGUCAUCGAGAAGCACGGAAGAAACGGCGACAUCAUCGCCCGUCUUACAGCGAAGGCGGCCAACGCGACGCGACUCCUCAAACGAGUCACGUCCCGGAAAGCAGGCAUGAGAGAGGAGAGCCUAAUCAGGCUCGUACAAUCCUUUAUCAUCAGCCACGUCACUUACGUCGCAGCCUACCACAGAUGGCUGCAACACGAACGCAACAAAAUCAAUGCCAUCAUCAGAAGAGCGUACAAAACGGCGUUGGGCCUGUUUGAGUCCACGAGCACGACCCGCCUCUUACAACUCGGGAUACACAACACGCUCGAAGAAAUAGCCGAAGCACAACGGAGCGCUCAACUGGAGCGGCUGUCCACGACCAAUGCCGGGAGGAAAAUACUGGAUGACCUGGGAAUAGGACACUCGAACGAAGCGGAGACGAAGCUCCCCGUCCCCAAAGAGGUCCGACGCCAAACCAGAACCGACCCCAUACCCAAGAACAUGAAUCCCGACUACAACAAGGGAAGAAGAGCGGCGAGGGCCAAGGCUCUCAUCGACCUACACGCCAACGACGAGCACGCGCGAUAUGUGGACGCGGCCGAAUACCAACAGAACGCUUUCGCAGCGGUCGUCAUCGAGGCGUCGACCGGCGCAACAAGGACGGCAGCGAGCGUGAAGAGCAUUGGAGCGGAACAAGCGGAGGAGGUGGCCAUCGCCCUGGCCAUCAUCGACCCAGACUGCCACACCGUGCUAAGUGACUCGAGACAGGCGGUGCGAAACUUCGCCAAAGGCCAAGUAUGUAGAGAGGCCGAACGAGUAUUGCGUGCGGCCAAACUGCAAGACAGAAAAGUAAGAAUUAAGUGGUUCCCGGCGCACGCGGGUGACGCGUCGGAACGCAAUGCCAAUCACAACGAGACGGCACACGCAGCGGCGCGAGCGCUAACUAACCGCGCCCCGGCGACAGACCGUCAGACGUGGUUCGGAGCCAAGGACCGCAUGACGGACUAUAACGACAUCACAAAAGCCUACCGCAUGGCUCGCAGGACUUUCCCACUCCCGCACCCGCGGUUGAGUCGAGCGGAGGCGGUACUAUUGAGACAGCUCCAGACCGGAUCGCUACCGAGUCCGGGACUGAUGCAUCGCAUGUACCCCGAGACAUACCCGACCGACAAGUGCAAGGUCUGCCGGAGGGAGACGGCGGAUCACACGCACAUCUUGUGGGACUGCAUCAAACACCCAGAGGAAGCGAGAUCAAGAACGAUCCCGUCGCGGCUCGAGGAAGCCGCGAAGAGCUACGACCUGGAUCAACAGCUCUGGGCCGUCCAGCAGGUCCUCGGGGCGCUCGAAAGGCAGGGACCCAGCGAGCCGGCAACGGCGAGCGGAGACCCGCGCCGAGUAACGGCAACCCCGAAGACGACGUAGGCCCUCGUCGGGGCGCGCGAGCGCCCAACUGCAGGCACAAAU